GUCCGAUUGAGAUGUCUCACCAGUGACAUCACAGUGAUUGUCACUUCCCUCAGACUACAUUAGGCCCUGCCCAGAGUCCAGGAGCUCAGACAGCCGGGGAGACAGCUGGAGGUGAAGAGACUGAGGUCCUUGGUAGCCUGAGUGUGCCCCUGCUCCUCUUCAGGAAGUGAAGACAAGCCAGUGUCCUUGGUGUGCAAUCACAAGUCCUUCUGGAGUUCUCACCCAGGCAUUCUGAAGAUGGAGAGAUCUACUCAGGAGCUGUUUAUCAACUUCACAGUUGUCCUCAUCACCGUUCUCCUUAUGUGGCUCCUUGUGAGGUCCUACCAAUACUGAGGGGCCAUGCUAUACUCCAGGGAGUGACUGCUAUGUGCCCCGAGCUUCCAAUGCUCUAUUGUCAUGGGAUGCUGCUUCUGGCUCCUCCAGCAUCUCUGACCCACACUCACAAUGCCUGACACACCGCUGCACUAGAUCCUUGGCAUGUUUUCUAAAGAUGCUGUUCUUGUAGGCUGCCCAAAGCUUGCCAGCCAGUGAGCCUUAGCUUUGUUCCCUAGCAAAUGUACUAUUCAAGCCACCAGGUUAAAAUUAAACUGGAUUCUUAUGAUGCAGAGUAACAA